AUGCCUUGCGCAUCCGCUGCCAUGAUCUCCGCCGCCUCCCUGUUCCUCGCCUCGUUCUUCGCGGUUAACAUGCCGCCCGUCGUGAUCUCCGCCCUCGUACGGACCCUUACCUCGGUACUCGUACCGACCCUCGUCGCUGUCCUCACCUCUGUCCCCGCCUUCGGGUACACCACUGCACCAUUCCUCGCCCUCGCGCGAGGCCCGCCCCUUCCCUCGGGGAACCCAACCAUGUCCCUCGACCCCUCCGUUACUACCCCGCCCAUGGUUCUUUACACUAUGUUGCGUCGUUUAGGGUCGACUGACAUCCACCAACUCGCCUCGCUUACGCGACCAUCGAUACCCUCGCUUUCCGCUGAGACCACAGACACCAUUCUGAUGUUUACGAACGCCGCACUCUUCCUUCUAGCCUGGGCUAUAGCCUACCUUCUCAGUAGACUCUACAUGCAGGCCACAAAGGAACCACUCGCCGACCACCUCCCACCACUGAAGCCACCCCGGCGUACUCGCCGCCUACAAGGUCGCCUCCUCCGACGCUCCAUCCCUUGGGGACGGCCGACAGGAAACGACCCGGGCUGGUGUUUUUUGACACUAGCCCCCAUACACUUCCGGCCGUACCUUAUCGGCUUAGGACCUUACCCAUCACCGGUUAAAGUCUUGAACACCCUCCACCAGCUAGGAGCCCCACUACUCCACGCACCCGUCACCCUCCACGGUGGUACAGCCCAUGUCGAGGACGGCCCCGGUCCCCAUACUACCAUGCGACUACUAGGGUCAAGACGGAUAGGUGCCAAACUUAAGAUUGGGCAACUCCACCACCCCGGCGACUGUGAACCAUUUGAGAUACCGAUACUGCUGUCUAAGAACAAGGACAAUCUCCACGCCCUAGUCGACACAGGAGCUACCGGGUAUGGAUUUAUCGACACCUCAUUUGCCCACUCCCGCGGCUACACUAUCGAGCCGCUUCCCACGCCUAGGCAGUUACAGCUCCGCCUCGAAGUAGGCGCCCACGUGGAAGGGAUCUCCUUAAUUGUCACCCAACUAGGUGACGCUAAGACCUCCACCCUCGCUUCCUCCCCGCUGACUGCCGCCGCCGCCACCCUGCCGCCACCACCGAUACCUCCGAGAUCUACCGCCGCCGCCACUUCACCACCACCCCCGAUACCCCCAAGGCCCACCGCUCCUCGCCGUACCAUUACUCUGUCGGCGGCCCGCUUCCGCAGAGAAGCACAACAGCCCGAAAACCACCUCUUCCUCCUGGCUGCUCUUCCCGCCGGUCCGCACCCAACGCCGCUCAACUCCACCGAAGAAUUGGCCCAAGCGCUCCCUAUCCAUCGGUAUAUCGACCACGAGAUCCCGUUGCAAGAAGGCAAGCAACCGCCAUUCGGCCCAUUAUACGGCAUGUCGUCAGAAGAGUUGAAGACCCUCCGGGAAUACCUUGAUGACCAACUGACUCGAGGUUACAUACGCUCUUCUUCCUCCCCCGCAGGAGCCCCCGUCCUAUUCAUUAAGAAAAAGGAUGGCUCCCUACGACUAUGUGUGGAUUAUCGCGCCCUCAAUGCCCUUACGGUCAAGAACCGCUACCCACUGCCGCUGAUCAACGACACCCUGGAUAGACUCAAGGACGCCAAGAUCUACACUAAGCUGGAUCUCCGCAAUGGGUACAACCAGAUAAGGAUAAAAGAAGGGGAGGAAUGGAAAACCGCUUUCCGGACUCGGUAUGGGUUGUUCGAAUACUUGGUGAUGCCUUUUGGACUCACCAACGCACCCGCCACCUUCCAAGCCUUUAUGAACGACACCCUCCGGACCCACCUCGACGACUUCUGCACGGUGUACCUCGACGACAUCCUGAUAUACUCGAACAUGGAGGAGGAACAUCAGCGACAUGUCAACACCAUUCUAGACAAACUACAAGCGGCGGGACUUCACUGCAAGCCUGAGAAGUGCGAGUUCCAUGUCGAUCGUACGGAGUACUUAGGGUAUAUCAUAUCGGGCGAAGGGGUUACUAUGGCUACCGAUAAAACCAAGGCGAUACAGGAGUGGAAAACACCUACAUCGGUACACGACAUACAGGUUUUUUUGGGAUUCGCAAAUUUCUAUCGGAGAUUCAUCCGCGAUUACUCUAAAGUGGUAUCCCCGAUGACUAACCUGCUGAAGAAGGAUGCUCAGUUUGUAUGGAUCCCCGCCGCGGACCACGCCUUCAAUCGACUAAAAGAAGCUUUUACCACGGCACCAAUACUGAAGCACUUCGACCCCGAACGGGCCUGCAUAGUGGAAACCGAUGCCUCUGAUUUUGUCGCGGCCGCCGUACUCUCCCAGAAAGAUGACCAAGAAAUCCUACACCCAGUAGCCUUCUACUCCCACAAGAUGACGCCAGCCGAAUGCAACUACGACAUCUACGACAAGGAGCUGCUGGCGAUUGUUCGUGCUUUUGAAGAAUGGCGAAAGUACCUGGAACCGAGCAACCAGGAGAUCACGGUAUAUUGUGACCACAAAAACCUGGAACACUUUAUGUCCACGAAGAUUCUUAACCGUCGUCAAGCUCGCUGGUCCCUAACGCUGUCUUCCUUCAACUUUGUGGUUACCUAUCGACCAGGUACGAAGAAUGGAAAACCUGAUGCCCUCACACGUCGAUCUGGAGAUCUCCCUACGGAAGGGGAUGAAAGACUGACCCAACAGCAUCAGGUUAUACUCAAGCCAAAGAACCUCCGUCUAGCCGCCGUAUUAGAGGUCCCCAGACCCGCCAAGGUAUCACCCGCCCGCUACGAGGAACUGCAGGCUGCCUUAGCCAAUGACCCGCUGUCAAAACAAUUGAUGAAGGACAUCAUCGCCCGGAAGAAACACUCUCGCUUCCUUCCCAUCGGGGAAUGUGCAAUCAAGGAUGGGUUACUGUACUAUCAGGGCCUACUAUAUAUCCCCGAUGACGCCGCUAUCAAGCUGGAGAUCCUCCGCACCAACCACGAUGCACCUUCGGCAGGACACCCUGGACGCGCCCGUACGCUGGAACUCCUGUCACGAAACUACUACUGGCCCCAAAUGCGAAAGUACGUUGCCCGUUACGUGGACCACUGCGAUACUUGUACCCGGAUCAAGCCGGUCCGACACGCCCCUUAUGGCCUCCUCAAACCUCUCGUUCCCCCAGUCAAACCCUGGUCCUCGUUGUCAAUGGACCAUGUCACCGGCCUACCAGAGUCCCAAGGAUCCAACGCCAUCCUCGUAGUUGUCGACCGACUCACCAAAAUGGCCCACUACAUCCCCACUAGAGAUACGGCGGACGCCCCCGAACUGGCCCGCUUAUUCUUACAACACGUCUGGAAAUCUCACGGGCUGCCAAAGGACAUAGUCUCGGAUAGGGGCACGACCUUUACCUCGCAGUUCUGGAAAGCCCUGUGCAACCAAUUGGAUAUCAAACCUCGCUUCAGCACCGCCUUCCACCCACAAACCGAUGGACAGACCGAAAGAGUAAAUGCAAUUAUGGAACAGUACUUACGGGGAUACGUCAACUACCAACAGGACAACUGGGCAGAGUUUCUCCCGCUGGCAGAGUUCGCGCACAAUAACGCCACCACGGAGCCCUUAGGGGUUAGCCCCUUCUUCGCCAACUACGGGUAUAAUCCACAAUUAGAUAUCCUACCCGCCGAAGAAAGACACGAAUCCACGCCGAAGGAAGUAGUAGAAUUUGCCAACUCGAUCACAACCCUGCAGACCGCAUUGCGAUCCGAGAUCCUGUACGCUCAAGCCGCUGCUGCCGAUAGCGCCAAUACCACCCGACUCCCAGAACCACGACUAGAAGUAGGGGAUUUGGUAUGGUUGUCGCGAAAACAUAUACGAACUACUCGGCCAUCAGACAAAUUGGACCAUAAACGCUUAGGGAAAUUUAAAAUACUCGAGCGCAUUGGAUCUCACGCCUACCGACUGGAACUCCCUCCAUCGAUGAAGUCCCAUCCGGUGUUCCACGUCUCCCUACUAGAACCCGCCCGAACGCAGCCUCUUCCUGGCCACCUACAACCACCCCCGCAGCCGGUAGUCGUCGAAGGGGAAGAGGAGUUCGAAGUGCAGGAGGUGCUAGACUCGCGGAUACGUCAUCGGCAACUACAAUACCUGGUUAAAUGGACAGGCUACGAACAACCUACCUGGGAACCCGCCCGGAACCUCGAUGCGGAGUUAGGAUCGCUGCAACGCUUUCACUCCCUAUACCCCACCAAACCCGCCUUAGCUCCUAAGAGGACUCAACGUGGGAAAUUAUAA